AUGGCAACACCAAGGCUCAGAACAUAUCAUGGCUUCUUAUGGCUCCCUAGAGCACCAAAUAUGGAGACCAUUGAUUGGACAGACGAUAAUGAGGUCCAAAUGGCAAAAACUUUCUUUGACCAAUAUGUUUCUUCUUGGAAUCCUCACAAUGUAGCAGACCGGAUGAAUGCAAUGCACUACACUGCAAUGGAUGACCCUUGCCUAGCUGAUACAAAAAAAAUCUUCACCAUGGACGUUGCAUUGGAUUAUGAAGCAUUGCUUAAUACUUUACAGAGACACACAAAAUGCACAGAACAUACAUGCCUCAAGAAAAAAGGUCCCACAUUUGAAUGUCGUUACAAAGCUCCAUGGGUCCAACAAGAGAUGUCUACAUUGACAAUUGACAAUGACAACAACCCAUGCUAUAAACCUGCAAGGAAUGAUGAUCGUUUGAAUAUUCAUAAUCCUUGGAUGCUUUCACUAUGGAGAGCUAAUAUUGAUUCAACCAGUCACUUCAAAAAAAGUUGUCCUCCAAUACAUUUCAAAAAAUUUAUGAUGGGAAUAGUAGCAGACCGUGAUAUCAGUGCACAAGAAACUUGCCAUAUGUUACAGAAAUUGCCUCUUCUAAAUUGUAGCCGACAAUUUGUCUCUCUAAAUGUUGGCAGAGAAAUACUGCACCGUGUCAUAAAAUCAGAUAAUGGAGCUUACCUUUCCACAACUUAUAUCCAUGCUUAUAUGCAGUGCCCUUUUGAAUUAAAUGCAACAAAUUUGCUACAAUCAGCACAAGGGUUUUCAUAUAAUUCUCAAUGCAAAAAAACAAAAUGGCACAUCAGGGAUAAAAAAGCAAUUGUGAUUGUAUAUCCUCAGUUUAGAGAGCCUCCAGAUGAAGAUACCAAUCAGUUUGAGAUUUUUUGUUUGUCUGAACUGCUGCUAUACAAACCGUUCCGUGACAUCCCAACUGAAAUAAGAGCUUCAAAGGAACAAAUUAUAGAAAAUUGGAAAAACUUUAAAAAGACAAAUUACAGCCGUUUGGGAAAUCAACAAAUUAUAGAUGAUUGCAGCCUUCCAAAUGAAGAUGAUAGUGACAAUAAUGGUUCCCAACAUCAAGAUGAUACAAAUCUAUAUGAGUGGGAGCUGCUCUCACAAAUGGGAGCUACAAAUAACUUUGUCCAUAAUGAUCUGCAAAUGCUAGGCCGUUGUGAUUACGAUAUUAACCACUUUUGGGGAGCAACUGUUGUGGAUGAUCAACUAGACUGCACUGCCCUUCAGUUCAUAACUGCAAGCAAGCUACAAUUCCAACACGCUAGCAUGCAAAUCUCCACCCAAGACACAAAAAAAAACCAGCUAUCGCCUAAGCAAAAAGUUGCGCUCAACAUUAUUCUACAGCAUCAUAAUAAUCAAUCUACAACAACACGUCUACGAAUGAUUGUUCAAGGCACUACUGGCACUGGUAAAUCAUUUUUAAUAGAUUGUAUUAGGAAAGAAUUAAACAUAUAUCCACCUGUGACGACAAACCCAUUGCUUGUUUUAGCACCAACAGGUGUUGCUGCAUUUAAUAUACAAGUGACAACAAUCCAUGCAGGGUUGCGCAUACCUAUAAGAGAAAUGCAUCCUUUGAUAGGGCAGUCAUUAAUGACAUUGCAAGAGCAAUUGAAACAUAUCAAAUAUAUUCUGAUAGACGAAAUGAGCUUUUUGGGCCCGAAACUACUACUUAAGAUAGAUAGCCGCUUACGCCAAGCAUUCCCUAACAAUCAACAUGAUAGCUUUGGUGGGGUGUCCAUGAUUCUUGUUGGUGAUCUUGCUCAACUUCCCCCUGUAAUGGAUAAACCUAUAUAUGCUUCGCACUCUACAGCCCUUAGUUUAUGGCAUUCUUUUACUAUUGUCAUAACAUUGGACACUAUUUUCCGCCAGCAAGGUGCAUCUAUAAGACAACAACAAUUCAAAGCACUCCUUCACAACUUAAGAAAUGCUCAAGCACUGCAACAUGAUUGGCAGUUUCUAAUGAAAAUGCUCAAAGAAUUAAAUUUGCCUGUCACUCUAAGUUUAGCUAAAAUUGGUAAGCAAACAAAUACUGAAUAUGACAACAAUGAACAGCUACCAUUGGAAGUAUUACUUUCUAUUAAUCAGCAAGUGAUGUUAAUAGCUAACUUGUGGAUCCAAGUUGGUAUUGUCAAUGGCGCUAUUGGUCUCAUAAAAAUAAUUGUAUAUGAAAACAAUACAAAACCGCCAAACUUGCCAAAAUAUGUGGUCGUCCAAUUCAAGGAUUAUAAUGGACCUCCAUGGGAUAUAGCGCAUCCAAAAGACAUACCCAUUUUGCCAAUAACGCGAGGCAGGCGUACGCAAGUGCCUUUAACAAUGUCUUGGCCCAUCACUAUUCACAAAUCCCAAGGUCUUACAUUGGACAGAGCUACCAUUGACAUAGGUAAUACUGAAAAGCAAGGGCUCACAUUCACAGCUAUUUCAAGAGUGAAGACAAUUGAUGGGAUAUGGAUUGAACCACCAUUCUCUUUUGAAAGGUUUUCCAAACUACAAAAUAAUGCUUAUACAACCAUUAGAAAGAAAGAAGAAACUCGUUUGCAGCUGCUCUCUGCCCAAACAGAUAUCUAUUCACCUUAA